AUGCUUACAACCUCAUUAAGCCGAUGGACAUCUGUUGCACCGAUCGGGGCGUUGAGCAGUCGCGCGCCGGCUGUCGACGUGCGAGGGUCGUACGGGAGCUCGAGUGACGAGCGCUGCGAUGGCGCUAUGAAUACUUGCUGGCGCGCGGCGUUUUGCUGGGCCCUACUGUGCCUAGCUGGCAGCCUGGCUGCGCCGCGCCGCCUCUAUUGCGAGCGGGCGGACGUUGCUUGGCGCGCCUACAGAGCCCCCGCUGCCUUCGAGGCCCGCGUCCAGUCUGUGGCCAAAGGAGCCGCCACAGUCAAGGUCCAGAGAGUCUUCCGACACCAAGGCCGCUGGCCUGCCGAAAGAGACGUCAUCAGACUCAAGCUACCCCAAGAGAACCUACAGUGCUCCGGACGGUUCGAAGUGCCUCUGCAAAAUCAUAAGAACUAUAUCGUUUUCGCGGAGAGGAAGGGCCACGCCGCCGUGGCUCUCGGACCGCCUCUCAGACGGACUGGCAAUUUGGUUAAGAGGAUCCGCGCGGUCUACAGGCCUGGUUACAGUGAGUGUCUUGUGUUUUAUAAGUGCAUGGAACUCGCUACGGAGGUGAGGGUAUCUGUCCGAUUUACCAACUUC